UCCUUUGUUGCUAACUACAAUAUAGACUAGGUUGGAGGACAGGAAGUUUCAAAUUUGGUUGUGUUGUGAAUUGUGCACGAAAGCAGAGGGCAUCUCAAGGGAUUAUUGUGUCAGGGAAGGCUACAUGUUGAUUUUAAAGCAAAGGGGUGAUGAUGUCAUACAAGGCAAGACAAAAAUAUCAAUCUGAUGCAGGCCAACUUAGCAUUGACACCCACAGAGCUGCUACCCUCUCCAAGGAGUCCAGAGGUGAAGUUGCAGCCGGUACCCCCAUCUUCCCCCACCUGCAGCCCUCUGAGUCCAACAGUGAGUCCAACAGUGACUCCAACAGUGACUCCAACAGUGACUCCAACAGUGAGCCCUGCAGAGAGUCCCACCGCGCUCUCCAGUGAUGACGAGGAUCCUGUCAGCUUUGAAAGGCCUGCUGAGGCCACAACGCUGCUCAGCAUCAACAAGAGUCGUGCUCGACUGUCGUUCAAGAGGCGUCCGCCGACACGACAGCACAGGAGGUCCGCUGGGGAGGAAACAGUGACAUCUGAACCGCACAGUCCCCAAUGGAAUGGUGACAAGGACCAUGUGUUUGAGGCUUCAGGACAGGAGGUUCAAGGAAGUCAGGGAAACUCCUAUGAUGAACUAGAUCCUCUGAAAGUGGCUGAAGGGAAGAAGGACAGUACAGCAGACAAAGGACUGGAGGUCACUUCCUCUAGCUGUCUAAAGGCCACAUAUAAGGCAGCUCUGGCACUCCAGGAGUCAGAGGAAUCAGAGGAGCAGGCCCUGGCCUCCCCAUCUCAGUCACAGGCCUCAGGUCUUAUGGAGGCCAUUGAAGAUGGACCUGUUGGCUUUUACCCAGCUGGAACAAUAGAUGGCAGCAUUGAGACAGAGGAGCAAGAUCAAGUUUUUUCAAUGGUUGACUAAAAUGACAAUUAGAAGGUCUGAACUGUGAACAAUGAUUGACAUUUAACAUAAAUUAACAAUUACAUAUAUGCAUAAACAAUAUUAUGUUAUGUUAAAAAAAGAACAAGUAGGGGUGCCAUGGUAGCUCACUGGGUAGAACAUGUAUCACUAAGGCUAAGGCCUAAACGCAGGUGGCCGGGUUUGAAUUUGGCCAGGGCCAUUUCCAGCAUUUCUUUGUCUCUCUCUCUCUCUCUCUCUCUCUCUCUCUCUCUCUCUCUCUCUCUCUCUCUCUCAAACUGUCUCCUUCAAUGUAAAUAAAGAGCAAGUAUGUCUUUAGAAAACAUUGGUUAUCUGCCGAUACAUGUCAUUUUAAAUUUCUUGAAUAUGAAUGUUUGGGGUAUGCUAAUAUUUAUCUCACCUUGUCUAGGUCAUUUAAUAAAUGGCUCAAUAAAUGACCAAGACAGCAGGAGUACUUUUUUCAAAACUAAAACAUUCAUGUAGGCUACAAACAAACAAAAAAUAGGAUUAGCUAUUAUACAUUGAGAUGGUUUAAUGAAGCAUACUUCUCCAGACCAAACAUAUGCUAUUUAGCCUACUCGACUGUAUAAGAAAAACACCUUGUAUUUCGGAAUGCCUAUGAUGCAAUACAACUAGCCUAAAUGAAAGUAAAUGUGCCUCUAGCAAGCCUCUGAAUGGACCCAAGAUAUGAUUUAUAUCUGGUUUUUCUUACAGCUCUUAUACAGCAUCAAUCUGUAGAAAAUAGAGAAGGAUGUUCUAAUAAAAACAAAAAAGUACAAAAGUGUUGAACCACUAGGGCAAAAGGAGACUAGACAGUGG